CCAGUUGCAGAAAGUGGUUUUGUCCUCCUGGUGAGUAGUUUUAGGGGACAUUUAACCAGAUUGAUAAACAUAUUAACUCAUGAACCAAAACUGUUAAAAUAUUCCCUUCUUGGCAGUGAAUCGGUAUUAUAUUAAGAAGAUACAGAGUUCUUCACUGUACAGAUCGAGUCACAGCUUGAAGUUAAAUCUUUCUGUCGUGAUGUGCAGCCACUGAGCUUAAAGGUUUCAGUACAAACCAAACUAAUGAUUACUAUCUUUGUUUUGGUGAUUGGUUUCUGUGGAAUAAUUUGACUAUACCUCGUAACAGCACCUCACUUUAUUCUAGUUUAAUCCGUCGCGCUGGCAGCAAUGAAAAUGCUUCAUUUUACUCAAAGGAUUGUCGUGCUUUUGUAUAAAUAAAUGAUUUAUCUGCAUUGACAUCGUUUGGAGGUGGAUUUUUUUUUUCGGACAGUGAGGAGGAGGAGUGUUCUGCAGCCGAAACACAAGGCAGUUUAAAAACCUCAGUAAAAACGCAGACGACUACACAACUGUAGGAGACACUCGUGCUGUUAUUUCUUCAGACCAUCUUGUGAGAAACUUGGACAAACAGGGAUGAAGAGACAGUCACUGCUGACGUCUGCGGUUGCUUUGGCGAUGCUGCUCAGUGCGCCGAGGAGCGCACGCGCCUUCCAGCACCCCUACAAAUACAACCCGAACGAGUCGGAGAUGUCGGCGCAGGUUGCCGCCAGCGGAACCUUUGUCCGGAGCGCGGGGCCCGUCACCGCCACCGACGAGGUGCUGGAGUCCAGCCAGGAAGCGCUGCACGUCACGGAGCGUCGGUACCUGAGGACGGACUGGUGCAAGACGCAGCCGAUCAAGCAGACCAUCCGCGAGGAGGGCUGCGUGAGCCGCACCGUCAUCAACCGCUUCUGCUACGGUCAGUGCAACUCCUUCUACAUCCCGCGGCACAUCUACGGCGAGGACAGCGCCUUCCAGUCCUGCUCCAGCUGCAAACCCAGAACCUUCACCGCCGUCACCUACACCCUGAUCUGCCCGGGCCGGGCGCCGAGCACGGCGAAGAAACGCGUGCAGCGCGUAAAGCAGUGCCGCUGCACCACCAUAGACGUGGAUUAAAGCCUCCGCGGAGGGAAGCGCAGCUUUACGCACAAGACAGACCUGCAAGAUGUACAGGAACCUUUAAAGGGGCGGAAGGAAAGUUAACAAAAAGAUGUAAGUUUAAAUCACUGACAAAAAUUCAAACAUUGCAGGUAAAGAAGAAUAAGAAAAAGGUAGUUUAACACAUAAUCUGUAAUUUGUUCAACUUCAGUCAGUUACAUCACUUCAAAGCGUGAUGAAGGUCAGUCUCAUGAACUGAAAGAAUCUGAGUGUCCAUGGACACUGUGGAGACGAUCUGGACGUCACAAUUCGGUCAGGUCAAGAGGUCAAAAUCCCCCCCCCCCCCCACCCAAAAAAAAAUAAAAUCUAUCCUUUUCCCUGCAUUCUAAAGCAAUUUGGGAAACCAAAUACAGACUUUUGUCACUGUUUUUAAUACCUCGUAUUUAUAUUAAACACUGGAAAUCUAAUUCUGCAUGCAGCAGAGUUCAUCGAUCAGCCUUUGUUUAUGGAAGACCUUUUCCAUAUUUUGCCACACCUUUGGUCAGCUGUGCAGUCGGGGGGGGGGUUACAACCCCUCACCCACCCCUCUGAUUCGCCACUGGAAAAAGAUGCAAUGAAUCAUCUGGGAUCACAAACAAACAAAAACCUUUUUGCCGUUUAUCCCCGUGAUGCAUCACCACUACAGAAGGCCAGUGAAGGAGACCUCAGUGACCAUCACCUCAUCCUGGACUCCCAGAGUUUAUUUUAUUUUUAAAAAACUUUCAGUUUGAAAAUUGCAUUUUGAACUCUUGAGUCUGCUCUGAAAUAGAGAAGCUAAAGUAGGAGCAUAAACAUUAUUUAUCCAUAUGUAUUUGGACAGUGACUCUUUGGUGUGUGUUUGUGCACAUGCGCUUUGGUGCACGAACACAAUGGGGUGGAAAUGACACACGAUGUGCUUACAGUGCAUUUUAUUCAUUAUUUCUGAAUAGACCUAAAUCUGAUUUACACCCUGAGGUCAGAGGUGUGGUCCUGAUCUCUGGAUCAAUAUGAGGAUUGUUUUCAAUACCAGUCAUCACUUUUACAGCCAGUUUUCUUUCGACAGAUCAGACGAUGGAUGUGUGAACAUUUCAAAGUCAUUGAAUAUGUCUUCAUACAAAUGGUGGGGUACUCUGUGGUAAAUCCUUCCAUCCCCCGACUGGUGUAAAAUAAGGUGGCUGUAUAAGUGACCAUUUGCAUCAACUUAAUCCUCAUAUUUUUAGUUUGUCCAAUUAUGUAUGGGCUCUGAAAUGGAGGAACUGCUUAAAAAUGUCUAAUUCCUAAAUGGUUAAUGUGACAUUUUUGUUGAACCUUUUGAAUUCUAGCUGACUGGUUCAUUUCAACUCCACUGUGUUGGUGUAAAGAAGCAAAAUUGUCAAAAAAAAUGUGCCCAAAUACUUAUGGACCUCACUGUAAUUUGGAUACACUUUAUUAAAAGGUGUUUGAUGGUACAUAAGGAGGCUCUUGGUAUAAAUGGGGUUAAACUAAUGAAGCACUUGUU